AUGAAAUCACCUUUGCUGCUGAGACACUUCAUUGUACUUGUUGAGGUUAAUGCGCACCUGGGAAUGACAAAUAUCUACAUAAAUUGGAAGGUGGAUUACGCUGACCAGUCUGUUCUUUUCGUCGUGACUCAGGAAACGCUGCUACUUGGAUACGUCAUUAUAGGCUUUUCUGAUCAUGGAUCAUACAAUAAUUCAGAUAUAUGCAUCUACAACGAAGGGAAACUUAGGGAUGGCUACAUUGACGGCAAUUUUCAAAUACACUUUGAUCGCAGUCAAGAUUGCCAGCUGGAGAAGAGACAGAGCAACAAGUUCGCUUUUCGAAGAAGAUUUGCAACGUGUGACUCCAGGGAUUUUGCCUUUGAAACAGGAACCACACAAUUCAUUAUCGCUGGAGGUUUUGAGUUCACCCGGGAUUUCAGCAGCAGUUCUGUCAUGAAGGUGAUGCGAUACGGUGUUCUUAUUGAUAUGGAAGACACUGCGAGUCCAGAAGAACCAGUGGGAACCCAUUUCAAAGUUCUAGCUGACGACGCGCUGAUACCCAAUGUAGUCACCACGUAUUGGUGUAUAAUCGAAAGAAUACCGCCUGAACUCAGCAAUCGAAAGCAUCAUAUUGUCCAGGUGCGUUCAUCUUGA